ACCCACUUUAAAGUUGAUAUCCAUGCAUGUACACAGCGUUUAGGUUGCACUUCAUUGAGAUCGUUUAUGAAGAUACUACUCUUACUUCGAUGCACUAGCAAUCAUGUGUAGUGAUCAUUAACCGGGGAGACUGAAAUUCCUAUCACCAUGGUCCGAGUCAAGAACCGAUAUCUCGUGGUCGAGUUCCUCUAUCCCACCUCCAACCCAACCCUCGGAGCCCUCCCAGCCGCGCUCGCAUUCCAUGGGCCGACCUCCGACUUCCUGACGCCCGGACUGCUAUCCAAAUCAAUCCGCAACGCCAUCGAAGGGCUAUUCGGCCAGAUCGGCCUCGGCCAAGUAGGGAACACAUUAGCUGUCAAAUACCUCAGCACCGCCACCAGCACCGCCAUCGUCCGCUGUCCGCGCCAUGCGUUUCGCCUCGUCUGGGCGGCGUUGACGUGCACGACGUCGUUACCAGCACCCGUGCGGGGCAGCGUCGUGGUGCGGGUGGUGCGGGUGAGCGGGACGAUCCGGAAGGCGGAGGAGGAGGUAGUGAGGCGGGCGAAGAAGAUCGUGGGGCGGGCGACGGGGGUGGAGGGGGAUGAUGUGGUGAUGGGGGUUUUGGGACUGGGGAAGGAGGUGGGGAGGGGUGGGGAGGGGUUGAAUGUUGAUGAUGAUGACGAUGAUGAAGAGGAUGACGAAGACCUGGGCGAUGGAGGGUGAUUGGCAUCCGCUACUUGAUCCGAGUUACGAUUCUAUGGCUAUGAGCCCCUAAGCCGUGCCAGCAAGAGACAAGGCGCCUGGGGGAAGGCGGCCCGACUGAAAAACAGUAUGCCUCAGCGGAUGACCUCUGAACGAUGUAUCCUCAUACGGAUCACGACAGAGAGAGCAAGAUUUGGCUUUAGAGAAUGCUGAUUGCCGGGAGACUAGAAGACUGGAGGCCCGAGUUCACGCGAGCCAAACACGAAGAAGUUUCGAAGUUGAAGCAAAUCGAAUGUCCUUGCCCUGCCGAUGGAACGCGCCAGCUUGUAUAGGAGAGAAAUAUCCUUGGUCAUCUGGUAUCAUUGAAUGCAUUCACGAAACGCCUCUGUCCAUCCAU